AUGGAGACGACGGCCGCCAUAACCAAACAGUUCUGCAAGGAUGCGCUGGUGUGUUUGGCCGCCGCCGAUGACACAGUGCUGCCCUCACCGGCCACCCAGGCGUCCGGCGAGUCCGUGGAGGCGGUCGCACUCAGCGUCGUCCAGGCGUGCUCGGCGGCCGGACUCGCACCGACUCGCGAGAUGUUCAACCACCUCCUCGUCGCCAUCGCCGCCAAGGGUCCCCCCUCGGCGGUCCUCGACUGGUUUGGGCGGGCUCGCUCGGCCGGCAUCGGAGUUGGAACGAUCGCCUGCAACCUGGUUAUCGCAGCGCACGUGGCGCAAGGCGACGUGAAGACGGCGGCCGAGCUGCUCACACUCAUGAUGCGGGGCGAGGCGGCACGCGGCGGGCUCCCGCCUCCCAACGCCGUCACCUUCAACACAGUGAUCAGCGCCUUUGCGCGCGCCUGCGACCCGCAAAAGGCGGAGCUAACCCUCGUGGCGAUGAUCGACAGCGGCCUCGUGCCGGCCGGGCCCGCGUCCUACGCGUCCGUCAUCGCCGCGUGGGCGCGUGCCGCGCAGCCGGCGACCGCGGAGCGGUGGCUCAGCCGGAUGCUCUCGUCGUGCGUCCCUCUGGCCGGCACCGCCGCCUCGGAGGUGGUCGCCUUCAACGCGACGCUGGACGCGUUCGCAAAGGCGUCGGACGUGAGCGGGGCGCGGCGUGUGCUCGACCUGUUCCGCACGAGGGCGGACUCCACGCCCGGCCUGCCCAUGCGAAGAGAGCUCGAGCGGGCGGGCCUGCAGCCCAACACAAUCUCCUUCUCGGCGGUGAUCCACGCGCACGCCAACGCCGGCGACGCGGCCAAGGCGCAGGGGUGGCUCGACUCGAUGCGCGCUCGAGGCGUGCCCGCCGACGCGGUGUGCUUCAACUCGGUCUGCGCGGCACACGCGCGGCGCGGCGACGUGGCGAGCGCGUCGGUCUGCUUCCGGGCGAUGGAGGAGGCAGGCGUAUGCGCCUCGCCGCAGACGCACGCCAUCCUGGUCCACGCGCUGGCAGCGUGCUUCAACUCGCUCAUCUCGCUCUUCGCCCGCCAGCGGCAGCCCCUCCGUGCGGAAGGCGUCCUCGCGCUGAUGCGGGAGGCGAGGGUCCGGCCGACGCUCGUCACGCUCAACGCGCUCGCGUCGGCGCACGCAUCAGUCGGCGACAUGGACGCGACCGAGCGCAUCUUGGGCCAGGCCACGACGGCCUUCCGCUUCAGCCUCGACCACUACUCCUUCGCGGCGCUCUUCCAGGCUGCCCGACGCGUCGCGAUCAACACGCACCUGGCGGAGCUUGCUCGGAACCUCCCCGGAACCUCCCCGCAGGCGCAGCUGCGAGCCGAGUACGACGCGUCACGGGCCAAGGCUUCCGCUGCCGUCACGGCGCGCCAGCGCCAGCCCGGGCUCUCUGACGCGGCCGCGUUUCCGACGCGAUGCACACUCGCUUGCAGGCGCCGGCGCGGCACGCCACGCGGUGGCGGGCCAAAGAGCGGCGGAAAGGGGCUUGGCAGGGUGCCGUCGCUCAAGACCAUCGCAAAGCCGCCCCCGCCGAAGGCGUCGCCUCGCCGGCCUUCCCGUGCGCGCCCUCGUCUCCCGCCCACGCCCGCGCUGCCGAGCGAGACUCCUGAGGGUGAGGCGGCGAACACGGUAGGCUCCGCGUCCUUCUCCGAGGACGUGGCCGACGCGGAGGCGGAGGCGGCCGAGCCUCCGCCGGUCCGCGCGGUGGGCGCCUCGCUCUCGCGCUCCAAGUCGGAACGCUCGCGGCUGCUCGCGCUCGCCGAGGGCGUCGCUCGGUCGGAGCAGUUGUUUGAGGGCGGCGCUCCGCAGCCGGUCCCGUUGCGCCGUUGGGCAGCCUCCCAGUUGGCCCUGGACCUCACCGACCAGGUCAGCCUCUAG